AUGGAGUUGGGAAGGUGGCUCAGACAUGCUUUUGCAAUAUCAAUUGUGCUUCUUCUGCAUAUCAACGGUUCCUUAUCACUCGGCAACCACCAUGCUAACUUGACGACGAGGUGCCUUGAGAGGGAGAGGGGUGCACUCCUUGCUAUCAAAAGAGACCUGAUGGAUGAAUACAACCUGCUCUCUUCUUGGGGAAGCGAAGCCAAAAAGCAAGACUGUUGCCGAUGGGAAAGAGUCCACUGCGAUCACCAGACGGGCCAUGUUACUCAACAUCAUCUUGGAGGACUGGAGGUGAUCUCUUCACUAGGUGAGUUUAAGACUUACAAAUAUUUUAAAGGAAUAGUUAGUCCUAAACUCAUUGAGUUGCAGCAUUUGGAAUAUUUGGACCUCAGUCACAAUUUCUUCAAUGCCAACCAAAUUCCAGCGCUCAUUUUUUCUUUGUUCAAUUUAAGACACCUAGAUCUCCAUUACAAUGGCCUCACUGGGAGCAAAAUUCCGGAGCUCAUUAGUAAUCUGACCAAUUUAAGAUAUUUAGAUCUCUCUGAGAAUUUCUUUGAAGGUGAUACUCCAUAUCAUCAGCUUGGAAAUCUUACUCAUUUGCAGUAUCUCAAUCUCGGGUAUAAUGACAUCACUCAUGGUGUAGAAAACUUCCAUUGGCUCCCACAUCUUUCUUCUUUAAAAUACCUGGACCUGAGUUGGGUCGGUAUGAUUAAGGCUUCUGAUUGGUUGGAAACAAUAAACAAGCUCCCCAAAUUAAGAAACUUAACCUUGAGAUUCUGUAGUCUUCCUCCUCCAACUCUUUCCACUCUUUCUCACAUAAAUUCUUCCAAUUCUCUUGUUAGUGUUGAUUUGUCUGGAAAUCCUGAUGUCAUUUCUUCAAUAUUCAAAUGGUUGUGCAAUUUCAAUACCACCCUUGUUCAUCUUGACCUCUCUUCCAACCAACUAAGUGGUUUGAUUCCGGAUGCUUUUGCAAACAUGAGCUCACUUGCAUAUCUUGACCUCGCUUCCAACCAAUUAAGUGAUUUGUUUCCCGAUGUUUUCAGAAACAUGGGCUCACUUGAACAUCUAUCCCUCUCUUCCAACCAAUUUAGUGGUUUGAUUCCGGAUGCUUUUGCAAACAUGGGCUCACUUGCAUAUCUUGACCUCUCUUCCAACCAAUUAAGUGGUUUGAUUCCCGAUGUUUUCAGAAACAUGGGCUCACUUGAACAUCUAUCCCUCUCUUCCAACCAAUUUAGUGGUUUGAUUCCGGAUGCUUUUGCAAACAUGGGCUCACUUGCAUAUCUUGACCUCUCUUCCAACCAAUUCAGUGGUUUGAUUCCCGAUGUUUUCAAAAACAUUGGCUCACUUGAACAUCUAUCCCUCUCUUCCAACCAAUUAAGUGGUUUGAUUCACGAUGCUUUCGCAAAUAUGAGUUCACUUGAAAAUCUUGACUUCUCUUCCAACCAAUUAAGUGGUUUGACUCCCGAUGUUUUCAGAAACAUGGGCUCGCUUGAAUAUCUAUCCCUCUCUUCCAACCAAUUAAGUGGUUUGACUCCUAAUGCUUUUGCAAACAUGAGCUCACUUGCAUAUCUCAGUCUCUCUUCCAACCAAUUAAGUGGUUUGAUUCCGAAUGCUUUCGCAAACAUGAGCUCCCUUGCAUAUCUCAGUCUCUCUUCCAACCAAUUAAGUGGUUUGACUCCCAAUGCUUUCUCAAACAUGAGCUCGCUUGCAUAUCUAUACCUCUCUUCCAACCAAUUAAGUGGUUUGACUCCUAAUGUUUUCAGAAACAUGGGCUCGCUUGAAUAUCUAUACCUCUCUUCCAACCAAUUAAGUGGUUUGACUCCUAAUGCCUUUGCAAACAUGAGCUCACUUGCAUAUCUCAGUCUCUCUUCCAACCAAUUAAGUGGUUUGAUUCCCGAUGCUUUCAGAAACAUGGGCUCACUUGCAUAUCUCAGUUUCUCUUCCAACCAAUUAAGUGGUUUGAUUCCCGAUGCUUUCAGAAACAUGAGCUCACUUGAACAUCUUGACCUCUCUUCCAACCAAUUAAGUGGCUUGAUUCCCGAUGCUUUCAGAAACAUGGGCUCACUUGCAUCUCUUAGUCUCUCUUCCAACCAAUUAAGUGGUUUGACUCCUAAUGCUUUCGCAAACAUGAGGUCACUUGUAGAGCUUGACCUCUCUUCCAACCAAUUAAGUGGUUUGAAUCCUGAUGUUUUUAGAAACAUGGACUCCCUUGUAAAUCUUGACCUCUAUUCCAACCAAUUAAGUGGUUUGAUUCCGAAUGCUUUCGCAAACAUGAGCUCACUUGCACGUCUUUACCUCUCUUCCAACCAAUUAAGUGGUUUUAUUCCCAAUGCUUUCAGAAACAUGAGCUCACUUGAAUAUCUUGCCCUGUCUUCCAACCAAUUAAGUGGUUUGACUCCCGAUGCUUUCAGAAACAUGGGCUCACUUUCAUAUCUUAACCUCUCUUCCAACAAAUUAAGUGGUUUGAUUCACGAUGUUUUUGCAAACAUGAGCUCACUUGCACGUCUUGACAUCUCUUAUAACCCAUUCGGAGGAGGGAUCCCAGCCUCCAUUGGCCAGUUAUGCAGUUUGCGACAUGUGUCAGUUUUAGGUUGUAAUCUGACAAGUGGACAACUUUCUGAGUUUGUUCAAGGAUGUUCAGCAUGUUUUCAAAAUUCAUUACAGAGUUUUGAUCUUUCCAAUAAUCAUCUUGCUGGGUCACUUCCUAAUCUUACAAGCGUUUCAUCAUUGGAGGUAUUAACUCUCUCCAAAAAUAAGUUGAGUGUUCUGGAUAGUAUUGGAAAUUUUUCUUCUCUGAAACAAUUAUAUGUUGAUCAAAAUCAAUUACAAUGGAUGAUACCGGAAAGUAUUGGGAAACUCUCCGGUUUGUAUGUCUUGGAUCUCUCUGGAAAUCUUCUGAGCGGAAGAAUUCCAGAAGGUAUUGGGUAA